UGAACCACCCUUGCUGCAAGCUUAUCAAUAUUAAUUGAGGUGGGCUGAGAUGGGGAGGAGGGAUCAGUGUGUGACCUUUCCCAACCCAUGCUGGCUCAGAUAGUCAAAACGUAGCUGAGGAGGAAGGAGCAGAACAGGGUUCAUCAUGUCUGACAAACCAGAUUUUGCAGAAAUUGAAACGUUUGAUAAGACCAAACUGAAAAAAACUGAAACCAGAGAAAAAAAUCCAUUACCUACCAAGGAAACUAUUGAACAGGAAAAGCAAAACAAAAAUACACCUUGAAGUUGAAUCAGCAAAUAUGGCUAACAUCUCCUGCUAUGGGGUUUUACGUUCUACAUUUUAAAAAUCUGUUAUUAGUUGAUGUAUUCUGCUUUUUCAGAAAUAGCACUUUUUUUACUUCCCUCCCUCCUGUAUUAAAACAGCAAUCUGUUUUAAAGCAAUCAAAAUACCAUUUAUAAUU